UCUGACAUAGCCAGCCUCCCCAUCCAGAACUGAUUCAGCUUUGCGUCAUAUCGACUCUUUCUGGAAUUUUCGACAGAUUGAUCUCUGCACAGUGAAUUGAAACCUUUCAAAAUGAACUUCCUGGCUCAAGCGUUUGUCUCUUCUGUGUGUUUUACGGCACUUCUUCAUGUCUCUGUGGGACAGUCAGACUCUCAGUGUAUGGUGGACAUGGGCAAGUGUACCAUGGUGUACAAAACAGCCACGGCUCAACGGUUUGGCAACGUCAACGGUCUCGUCGAACUUUGUUCUAAAAGACAGGAAGUGCUCGAUUGCCUGAACAAUGUUGAAGGUGGCCAGGAGUGCAUGUCAGCUGUGAACACCGUUAAGGCUAACAUUGAGGACUUACUGGUCAAGUCCAAAGUCUGUGAGAAGAUCGGAGAAAUAGAGAAGUAUUCUGAAUGCUUUUCCAAGCCUGACAUUACAAGUCGAUGUCCUCCAAAAAACAAAGUAGACCCAGAAAACAUGUGCGAAAAUCUUGAAGAGGAUACAAUGUGCUUGGCGAAGAGGGUGAAGGACAUUUGUGGCGAGAAGCAGAGCGAGGUCAUGUACUUCCUGUCUCGAGCCAUCGCAAGGAACAUUGCAAACGCUCAAGGAAAGACUUGCUCAGGACUUGGAACUAACAGUGUGGACAAGUUGGUUUCGGUGUCCAUGGUUGUCCUGGGACUGCUCUCCUUGUUUGUUGGCACUCUGGCUGUUAACUAAGGCUUACCCUAUGACCUUCAGUCUGUGUAACUGGUCACAGGGUGGAUCUUCCCAUUUCUGGCCUGCUUGUUGAAGCUGAUAGACUUACUGUCAAACAUUCUAUGUCUUUAUAUGUAUUUCUUCAUUGCUCAAUCCUCUUUGGGUUUAUCGUAUCGGUGGACAUUUGACGGAGGAGGACAAUUCGAGUGUGAACAGACGCCAUUUUGCAAAGUGAUAUGAAGACCCACCAACUACAGCUAGUUUCUAAUGUUGACUUUGAUCCAUAUUUUUUAUCUGACAUUUUUAACCAGUGUUAUUCAGUGUUUAUAUACAUUGAACUAAUGUGCUGAGGUGCGCUGAGGUGUACUGAGGUGUGCUGAGGUGCACACAGAUGUGCUGAGGUGCGCUGAGGUGUGCUGAGGAGCAUGCCUGGUGUGUGCCAUAUAUAUUCUUGUCAAUGAAACCUGUGUGUGUGUUUUUUUUUUUUUAUCACAGAGUUGAUGACAAAAAAAAAAAUCUUACCAUUUUAAUGUUUCUUUGUGCCAUUGCAGAGCUAGGCCUAUUACUUAACGCGUCUGUGUGUACUAGUCGGCUUGUAACUUAGUGAGCCUAUUUAAGUAGGUGUUAGCAGUGAACUUAAAUGUAAAAUAGGCAAGUUUUGUGCAUUUGAUUGUGAUUAAUGCAUGUUACAAGAGAGGUUCAUCUACAUUUGUGUCUCAGUAUUCGCAAGUUUGCAGAAUGGAUAUGGUUACAACAUUAUUUUCCUUCUUGUGUGUUUGUCACUUAGUGUCAGGGUCAAUCUACCUGCUGACUUUUAUUUAAACUUUAAUAAAAUAUGUAAUCCUGAGUCGGCUAAGUUGGUAAAUACACAUAGAUGCCCUUGGGGACAUGUGCCACCAACUUUUCUGGGGCACUUUUGAGAAAUGCAGAUGUAACCAAAAAUUUAGGUUUGGAUCUUCACAGCAAAUAGUGCGUCAUUACUAUUAAUAUUGUUUUAUCAGAAAAUGGAAACAUCUGAAGACUUCAUUCAGAUUUUUUGUCAGGGAAGGGAAGACUCGAAAUUGAUUAAUUACUGAAUAGGGGCAAGUACAUGUACUGUAUAUACACAUCUGUAUAGAUAUAUGUAGAGAGAGUUAGGCAGAGAGAGAAAGCUUCUUGCAGGAUUUCUGAAAGGUUUCAUGGGUUUGUUUUUUUUUUUAUUGUACUCUGAGAGCAAGCUACGGCUGUUAUAGAUUACAAGCUAAGGCUAUCCUAUAUUACAAGCUAAGGCUAUCCUAGAUUACAAGCUAUGGCUAUCCUACAUUACAAGCUAUGGCUAUCCUACAUUACAAGCUAUGGCUAUCCUACAUUAUAAGCAACUCAUUUUCUACAUGUAUAGUCAUAGAGGAAGUAAUGAAAAAACAGCAUGACUCAAGUACAUGUAAUUAGGUAUGUGUUAUUUUGUUGGUCACUCUACCUUGUGUGUUAAUUAGCUUUUCUGUGUGUAAAAUGGCUACUUGUCUAACUUCAGGUUCUAACUGUUGUUGCCAUGGUUUCUUAUUUCCUUUUAACAGAAAAAUGCGGUUACUGUUUGUAUAUGUGUUAAAAAGCAAAGAAUCAAAAAACAAAUUCAGGUCUUUUUAUGAUGGCCAAACUAUGCAAUUUUGAGGUUCCUGUAUUUUUUACACUACACAUGUACCUUUAUAUUACAAGAUAUCAGUACAUACAUAUACCUGUACAAGUGUCACCUGGUGAGAUGUGUUUAAAUGGUACAUGUAGAAGUGUCACCUUAUGAAACAUGUUUAAAUGGUACAUGUAUGCAAUGUCUCUAGUGGUACACAAACUUCCCCUUUUUGUAUAACGCAGUUUAGGUUUUUAUUUCUAAUUUUUCUAUGUGUUUGUUUUUUUUUAAACCUUUGUAUACACUUUUUUUAUUACACAUUUUAUAUGAGGUGUGGGCUCCCUUUUUGUAGUAAGAGUAUAUUACUUGUAUUAGUAUUUUGUUUUUGUUGUUAGUGUAUAGGUUGAUGUUGACGGACUAGUGAUGUAGGACUAUAUUUACACUCAUAGAAAUCAUGGUUCUUUAAAAGUCAGGGCCAGGUUCUUUUCAAACCCAUCAUGUCAGAAAAUGCUUUUUAGUGUUAACAACUAAACAUUUUCUCUCCAAAGCUGAACAAUCUUUGACCUGUACAGCAUCAAAUCUAAACACUUUGUCCAAAGCUGAACAGCCCAUGCCCAAAUCUGAACAACCCCUGCCUGCCCAAGCCUUAACACUUUUGGCCCAUAGCUUUAACAGUCCCUAUCCAAACUGAAACAAUCUUCGUUCAACAGUCUGAACUUUCUAGACAAUUUGCAGUUGCAUCCGUGUUGGAUCUUGCGGCCAUGUUGAGUUUCUAACAAAAGAAUUUCAUGGCCUAGUGCACAUAUUGCAAGGCACGCUUCAGGAGAGUCCGUGAAUUGAUUUGUAAGAAAUCAAACAAGUGCAAAGUUAAUUGACAUUUUUUAGAAGUUUUUUUUUUAAAUAGGUUUUUGGUGUGGUAAAGUUUUGUAAAUUUACAGUUUUUGCUAUUUUCAUCCAAAGCUUGAACACAUGUACAAUGUCACAGUGUUUCAUCUUCUCCAGCAUAAGUUGUUGAAGGA